CUGAGAGGGAGGGAGCUUUAGGUGAUAAAGACCAGAACACCAGGGAAGAACACCAGGGUUAGAAGUCUAGGAGGAGGCACCAGAAGCUCUGACUCAGGCACCUUCUUGAAGAAAUGAAGCCACUCCUGGUCUUGGUGACCUUUCUUCUGGCCUCUGAAGCUGAAGCAGGGAAAAUAAUCGAGGGCCAUGAAGCCAAGCCUCAUUCUCGUCCCUUCAUGGCAUAUCUUCAGAUCCUGAAUUCAGAUGGAAACAUGAACUACUGCGGGGGUUUCCUUGUACAUGAGGACUAUGUGCUAACAGCAGCUCACUGCAAGGGAAGCUCCAUCACCGUCAUCCUGGGGGCCCACAACAUCAUGAUGUGGGAGACGACACAGCAGAGGAUCCCGGUGCAAAGAGCCAUCCCCCACCCAGACUACAAUUCUGAAACGUUGCUCAAUGACAUCAUGUUACUGCAGCUGGAAAGGAAGGCCAACCUGAAUGCCUAUGUGAGCCGCCUCAUGCUGCCCAAGAGGACCACAUGGGUGAGGCCACGGAUGGUGUGCAGUGUGGCCGGCUGGGGGAGACUCAGCGUGAACAGACUCCCUGGGGCAGAGAAACUGCAGGAAGUAGAGCUGGAAAUCCAGAAGGACGAGCUAUGCAUCUACAUCCUCAAACGCCCAUAUGACAUCACCACCCAGAUAUGUGCAGGGGACCCAAAACAGUGGAAGGCUUCUUUUAAGGGAGACUCCGGAGGCCCCCUUGUGUGCGACAACGUGGCCCAGGGCAUUGUCUCCAUUGUGCGAUAUGAUGGGAAACCUCCAGGUAUCUACACCAGGAUCUCGAGCUUUAUGCCCUGGAUAGAAAACACGAUGAGACACUUCAGCCUGCAGGGACCAGACUGAGACACCCCAAGGAUCACUUCAUCCACCUUCUCUGGGGCAGAGGCUAAAAGGGGUGGUGACAAGGCUGCCAGGGAUUUAAUAAAUGUCUGUCUCUAGUGCAAA